AUGAUCCAAAUGUACGUCCGUAAGCCAUUCGCCUCGGAACAACCGAUGUUUGUAGGCGCAGAGCAGCCGAUUUUUAUGGGCGCAGAGCAGCCGAUUUUUAUGGGCGCAAAGCAGCCGAUUUUUAUGGGCGCAAAGCAGCCGACUUUUAAAGGCGCAGAGCAGCCGACUUUUAAAGGCGCAAAGCAGCCGAUUUUUAAAGGCGCAGAGCAGCCGAUUUUUAUGGGCGCAAAGCAGCCGACUUUUAAAGGCAAAAGCAGCCGAUUUUUUAAGGCGCAGAGCAGCCGAUGCGCAAAGCAGCCAAUUUUUAAAGGCGCAGAGCAGCCGAUGUCAGUAGGCGCAGAGCAGCCAAUUUUUAUCAGCGCAAAGCAGCCGACGUUUAAAGGCGCAAAGCAGCCAAUUUUUAUCAGCGGAAAGCAGCCGACGUUUAAAGGCGCAAAGCAGCCGAAGUUUAAAGCCGCAAAGCAGCCGAUGUUUGUAGGCGCAGAGCAGCCGUUUUUUAUCAGCGCAAAGCAGCCGAUUUUUAAAAGCGCAGAGCAGCCGAUGUCAGUAGGCGCAGAGCAGCCGAUUUUUAUCAGCGCAAAGCAGCCGACGUUUAAAGGCGCAAAGCAGCCGAA